AAAGCGCGGGAACGGGAACCAGACUCAACUUUGUUUUGCUUAUGUUUAUUACAGGUUAUGUGACGAAAGACAAGUUAAUUAACGUUCCAUUAUACCGAAGUUUGUUAAAGCGUAUUACAAUUCUGUGUAUUUUGAGUGCAGAUCAGUAAUUUUAAAAAGAUGGAUUUCAGCCACCGACGACAAAAAGUUAUCAAACCUAUAGAAGGAGAACUGGCAAUUUUAUAUCCUCAUGAUCUUCAGAUGUACACGACCCCGCCAGUGUGUGAGAUAUCUCUAACAGAAUUUGAACAACUGGCUGUAGACAGAUUAAAAUUGUUGAGAACAAUCGAACAGAUUAGUCUUCAUGGCCACGCAAAGAAUUCAGAGGAGUGGAAGAAAUCAGUUUUAGACGAAAUAAGGAAGCACUCUGAUUUGAAAUACUUUUACAAAGUGAUAAACAGCACCGGUGCGAAAUCUAAAGAGCCUGACUACCAGGCCCGGAAGUCCGACCACAUUUCUCACUUCGUACUUCGCCUGGCAUUCUGUCGAACAGAGGAGCUGAGGCGAUGGUUGAUCAGCAGGGAACUCGACCUGUUCCGCUUGCGAUGGCUGAGUCUGAGCGCAGAAGGAAAGUCGGAAUUCAUCAGACUUAACAACCUCAAUUAUAAUCCAAUUUCCGCAUCAGAACGUGUCGAGAUGAGUGAAAAGUCGAGUGGAUUGGUGAGUAGUUCUGCCGAUUAUUACCGCGUACCAUUCACUCAAGUGUUGGACCUGGUAAAAUCACGCAAGGUGUUCCUACACUACGGGUUUGCGUACAUCACCAACACUGACAUCAUCUCUGUCCUCCUCACAGUCUUCCGUUCCAGGCUCUCCCACGAGCUUUCAAGAACGGCCAGGCAGCUCCCAGCCCUGGAAGUUAUAGAAGAAGAUCAGGACAGGAUCUUCCGACCUCUAAAAGCACUUCCGCACGCCUACAUCGGUGAGGAUUAUUCCAGUAAGAAAACAGGAGACAAAAUUCCCAUUGAAUGUAUUGAUUCUUUGGCAAGACAGUCGUUCCCACUGUGCAUGCGUCAGUUGCACGCUAAGCUCCGGCAAGACCACAAACUCAAGCACCACGGCCGACUGCAGUAUGCUCUCUUCCUCAAGGGUAUUGGAGUCACUCUAGACGACAUCCUCACCAUGUGGCGUGAGGAGUGGGCCCGGUCCGAGCCGGAAAAGUUUGAAAAGGGAGGAGUGGCCUACCUGCUGAGGCACAGCUACGGCAAGGAAGGCAAGCGUACCAACUAUACGCCACAGAGUUGCAUGAAGAUCAUCACAGGCAACGUGGGUACAGGGGACCAACAUGGCUGCCCAUUCAAACAUAAUGACGUCUCAGCCAUUCGCCUCACUCUGACUCAGAGCAAUGUACCCGCAGCAGACAUCCAAGAAACUGUAGACUUGAUCAACCGAGGUCAAUACCAACUGGCCUGCACCAAAUACUUCGAAAUCACUCAAGGAACACCUCCAGAGAGAUUUAUAAACCACCCAAACCAAUAUUUCGAGGAAAGCCAAAACGUAAAGCAUGGAAAGUCCAAUACGAAGAAGGAAUUCACAGGUGACAAACCGCAACCUGCCUUAGAGAAAAGGCCUUCAGUAUCAGAAGAACUAUAGUGUGAAACUGGGAUGGUGUCCAAUUUUUCGACAGACCUUAUUUCGGAGGCACAUCAUAGUGCUGAACCAAAGUUAAUAAUUAGUGCCUGUAUGAAGUUAAGUAGGUGUAACUGUUAAUUAUUAUGCUUUUAGUUUGUACAGAUAAGAAGACAAUAGAAAUUCAGAGCAGUUCCUUUAUUGUUAAAACACCUGUGUGAGGAAUUGUUAAAACUAGUUUCACCACUGUUUGGUGAGGUAAUAAAAUUUCAUACAAAAAUUUAAUUUGUGAUUGUUAAUGAAGAAUUCAAGGUAUGACUUGUGUGAUAUUAACAUAUUUGUAAGUCUCAUAUUGUAAUGUAAUUUGUUUGUAAUUGAAUAAAAUUGUUUCCAUCUUAA